AUGAGAUAUUCCGCAUUCACCUCUUCCCCUAGAAUUGCACAGCAGGAGCAAUUCACUCUACGCCAAAUGUUGUAUUCCAAACCUCGUCCCACUGAGAUUGUUAUUGUUGUUCCUGUCUCAUCUUCUCAAGAGGAUGAAUAUCUUGCUGAAACUCUGAAACCGUUGUUUAAAUACGGACGUGUCAACAUAUCCAAGAGCAGACAGGUUCUAUCUUUGCUCGGUAUCUUCCAAAACGGGCUGAUGGUUGGAAAGUUCCAGGGAAAGGAUGUCCACGCUCAUAUUUUCGAGUACACAACGCAGGUAUGCCUGGAUCCUCUUGUUGAUCCGGCUUCAUCUGCAGGUUCACUCGAGACUCCGGUUCAGAUGCUCUUCUGCAUCAAGGAGAAAAAUGAAGGACGUGAGGAGUCGCAUCGGUGGCUUUCCCAGGCUAUAUUUCCCGCCUUACAGCCCCAAAUGUUCAUGUUCAUUCUCCCUGGCCUGCAUCCUCGCAGAGAUGCCAUUUAUCGCAUGUUGCGGGAAAUCGACUCACAUCAAAGCUGUGGGGAGGCGAUCGGACAAAUCACCCCUAACGGGUCGUCGUUAGACUGGUUGCGAUAUCCUUUGGCUGCUGUGAGUGCUCUAGAGCAGAGAUUAAUCUACACAUUUGACAAGCCCAUUGAAUCCGGCCUUGGUCAGCGGUAG